AAUGUGCAAAGUCAUUUCCAAAAGUUUAACCGAAACGGGCUUUCAGUCAACCCGAUGUUGACGAGUCCUCUUCGAUCAAAUAAAAUCUACAUAAUUAUUCUUUUUCCAAUCCCCUUCCCCUCUGGCUCACACCGCUCAGGAAGUCCGAUCAGUGGGGCAUCUCAGUUUCAUUCACUGCAACACACACUACAUCAACUUCACAAUCCGCAUGCGCACACGGCAUCGUUUCGCGGCCUAUCACAACGUCGAAAACGUAGAGUAUUAUUCACACAGGCUCAAGUGUACGAAUUGGAAAGACGAUUCAAGCAACAAAAGUAUCUCUCGGCCCCCGAAAGGGAGCAUCUUUCACAGAUUAUCAAUCUAACACCAACACAGGUGAAAAUUUGGUUCCAAAAUCACCGAUAUAAAUGCAAACGGGCUCAAAAAGAUAAAGAAUCGGCAUCACUGACCGAUCACUCAAAUUCAUCUGGUGUGGAUUUGCGUUCAACCGUGCUCAAUCUCAGUUCAGAUCGAGCUACACAACUAUGGCCAUUUUUCAAUGACAAUCCUGACACUGCUGCAGUCAUCAUACCCUCACAGACCAACAGACACAUAUAA